AAUCUGUUGUCCUUUGAAGGCUGCUGUGCUUGAGGAGGAAGCAGACGGCCGCUCUGAAGGUAGCACCAGAGUCCUUGGCCAGGAUGGAAGGGUUAGCUGUAAGGGACUUGAAUCUAGUUCACGUGGGGUGGUCGGGACAGGUGGAGGGCCGUGGCGGGUUGAUGAACAAACAGUCUCAAUCUGACACCAUCAGGAAAGUAGUGGGGUCUGCAAGUUAAGAUGCCAGGCUGCUGUGGGCACAGGGUGGUGCAGUCCCUGAAAAUGAAAGUGAAAGAGGCCAGCCUUUUCCCAGCAUCUCAGCGGGUACACUGCCCUUCCCAGAACCGGCUCUGCUCAGUGAGCAGUGCUUGUCUGCCAUAGGAGCUGUGGAAAGCAGUUGAGACUAGUGCAGCCCUUGGCCCCACUGGGCCUCAGUUUCUCCAUCCUUAUAAGGAAUUCAAUUGGUCUAGGCCAGGGGCCAGCAAACUGCAGCUCAAGAACUAUGCGGCUCUUCUGCUACGUGCACGUGGCCCUGAAGUAAAAUGGAAAUUUGUAAAGGCUACUAUUCAGGCAACAGUGAUUUCAUUUGUUUAUAAAAUUGUAGUUGUAAAAUUUGUAAAGGCUACUAUUCAGGCAACAGUGAUUUCGUUUGUUUAUAAAAUUGUAUUUGUGGCUCUUGAGUAACUUUUAAAUUGUUGUGAAGGACAGGAUUGGCUCUACUGUCUCAAAAGUCUGUGGACCCCUGCUCUAGACAGUUGUGCCCAGGAGAGGAAGAGCCCGGCUGGGGCAGCGGGGCACUAAAGAGGGUAAGCCAUCCUGGUUGGUAACUGCUGGAAGAGCGCCAGCCGGUGCCAGAGGCCUGGCCUUGCAGAGAUCUCAGUGGGCAGCAGGGCCUGAUCGUGCACCAACUGAAAACUUCAGACCCAGGGAGGGACCGUGGAGCACACAGGAAGGACGGGCCCCACGGAUGCACCCUUGGAAGACAGGGGUCUUUUAUUCUUCAAUCUCCACGCUGCCCAGAGAAAAGGGGAAGUUGUCAGAGAGCCAGGCGCAGCUGUACCUGAUAUACAAACCAUGUCCCGGAGACACGGGACACCAGACCCCGGCCCAAUGUGGGUCCUUCUCCUGUGUGCGCACAUCCUCCAUCUCCCAGACGGAGUCACACCGAGCAGCACGGCUGCUAUUGCCUCGGCUGGGACCACAGAGGUUGCCGCCACCUCCAGGCCCCCGACAGCUAAGCGGUGCCCAGCACUGGAGGUGACCUGGCCAGAGGUGGAAGUCCCACUGAAUGGAAGGCUGAACUUAUCCUGUACCGGCUGCAGCCACUUCUCCCACUUCAACCUCCUCUACUGGCUGGGCAACGGCUCCUUCAUCGAGCACGUUCCGGGCCGGCUGUGGGAAGGCAACACCAGUCGAGUGAGCAGCGGCAGCAGCACCUGGCUGCAGAGGUCCUUGGUGCUGGACCAGCUGACCCCUGCCCUGCGCAGCACCAAUUUCUCCUGUGUUCUCCUGGACCCCGCCCAGCUUGCCCAGCGGCACCUCCUCCUGGCUCAGCUCUGGAUAGGGCUGAAAACCACCCAGCCGCCCACCUCGCCAGGCCAGGCGUCCACACUGUCCCAGCAGCAGGAGAGCAGCUGUGGCCAGCACCUGGGUUCCACCUGCCAGGCAACUGACAUCACAUCAUAGCCAACUUCCCCCAGCCGCACCCCUGCUCUGCACUUGUCCAUCUACCUGCCAUUCUUUCCGUAGGCCUACGUGGUAUGCUCCCGAUGCCUCUGGUCACACUGCUCGGCUACUCAGAGACCUUGCAGGGCCUUUGUCUGGUAUCCAGGGAGUCUGCCUCCAUUCCAGUCCAGCACUCAUCCUCAUUGGCAGACAGCUCCUACUGCUCUUUUGCUCAUGUAUGCCCUCUUCGCCCAUCAACAGUGAGCAAUGAAGUCUACUAUCCUAGCUCUGGCAA